UGGUCAACAGUGGAAAUGUCAUUUGCAGCUUUGAUAUUUAUGAACAAUUCUCUCUUGUCUGUCUCCACUAGAAUAAUGAAAAACAGUGUGGUUUUUCCUUUGCUGCUCCUCUUGGGGACGUGCUCAGGUUACGAAAAUGUGGCCUUGCGUGGCAAAGCAACUCAGUCACAACGCCAGGCUGAAGCUUUUGGAGCUGCCUACAAUGCUAUUGAUGGAAACCGUGAUUCUAAUCAUUUUGCCGGUUCAUGCUCCCACUCUAAAACACACACCAACCCCUGGUGGAGAGUGGACCUGCUGGAGUCCUACAUCGUCACCUCCAUCAUCAUCGCCAACAGAGGAGACUGCUGUGCAGAAAGGCUCAACGGGGCAGAGAUUCGCAUCGGCAACUCUUUGCAAGACGAUGGUAUCACAAACCCAUUGGCUGGUGUAAUUUCUGAAAUCCCUGCAGGGAGAUCAUACACUUUGACUUUCACCAAUCGUGUGGAGGGACGUUAUGUGACUGUGUCUCUACCUGGUUCAGACAGGGUUCUUUCACUCUGUGAAGUGGAAGUUUUCGGGUACCGUGUCCCAACUGGAGAGAACCUGGCACUCCAAGGAAAAGCCACACAGUCAUCAUUACACAGUUUUGGCCUUGCAUAUAAUGCCAUUGAUGGGAAUCGUGCCAGCACGUGGGAGAAGGCGUCCUGCAGUCACACAGAUCACGAGCUGAACCCCUGGUGGCGACUGGAUCUGAUCAAAACCCACAAAGUAUUUUCGGUUAAGAUAACCAACCGAGAUAGACGUGAACAAUUUAUCAAUGGAGCUGAGAUCCGCGUUGGAAAUUCCCUUGACAACAAUGGCAACAACAAUCCCAGGUGUGCUGUGAUAUCAAGCAUCCCGGCAGGUCAAACUGUUGAAUUCCAGUGUGUCAACGGGUUUGAUGGCCGCUAUGUUAACAUAGUUAUCCCUGGAAGACAGGAGUGGCUGGUCCUGUGCGAGGUGGAGGUGUAUGGCUCUGUCCUGGAUUAGCUUUAACAUUUACUUCAUUUGCAAGAAUAUAGCCAAUGUUGUUAUAUGUACUCAAACUAAGCAACAUAAUAGAUCCAGAUUUAAUGUGAUUGUUAAUAGAUUUAGCUUUAAUGUGAUUGUUCACAUGACAAAUAACCAAUAGAAUUGUGUG